AUGCUUGCUGAGCAUGUUAUACAAAGUAUUGACCAAGAUCAUCCUCACGCGCACAUCUGGGACGCUGGACGAAGUCCCGCCCCAAGAACAAGCUGGAUUCCGCCAGGGGUUCAGCUGCUUGGACCACAUCCAGACCGUGUCAAGGGUCAUAGAGCUUUGCCGGGAAUACCGCUCCUUGUUCUAACCUUCUUCGACUAUGAGGAAGCCUUUGACAGCGUAGAAACGAAUGCAAUACUGUCAGCGUUGGUCGAUCAAGGUGUGGACGCGUCGUUUGUGAGGACAUUAGCUAAUUGCUACGAUCGUUGCACGACUAGGAUACAGCUUUUCCACUGCCCUCUCACCAUACCCAUUGGAAAGGGGGUACGACAAGGCGAUACUAUAUCGCCAAAGCUGUUUACCGCUGCAUUGCAAUGGAUAAUGAAAUCACUUUUCUGGGAAGAAAGGGGCAUAUGUGUUGAUGGAAGAUUCCCUUCGAACCUUCGUUUCGCGGACGAAAUCGUUCUCUUUUCGAGCAGUACCAAUGAAGCAGAAAAGAUUCUCAACGAAUUGAAUGAAGCAGGGAAGAGAAUAGGACCACGAAUAGACAGAAAGAAGACACAGUUCAUGAAGGUGCCCACUGCGAGGACGGAGGAGUACAACUUGAACUAA